GCGCUCGGCGGUGCGGGUAUCACGCACGCAAGAUGGCGCGCAAUGAAGAGAAAGCGAACAACAUGUUCAACCGCUGGACCGCGGGGAAGCAGGCGGCGCUUCGCGGGGAGAAAGCACGGCGGCCGUACCUCGCGAGCGAGUGCAAAGACUUAAACUCCGCGGACAAGUGGCGGCAGGACAUCCUGCGCGAGAUCGGGAAGAAGGUGAUGGACAUCCAAAACGCGGGACUCGGCGAGCAUCGCAUUCGCGAUCUGAACGACGAGAUCAACAAGCUGAUUCGCGAGAAGCACCACUGGGAGAAGCGCAUACUACAGCUCGGCGGUCCGAACUACAUAUCGCAGGGACGGCGGAUCGCGGACGAGGAGAAGGGCGAGGUCGUGGGCAGGCCGGGCGGGUACCAGUACUUUGGCGCGGCUAAGAAUCUCCCCGGAGUGAAGGAGCUCUUCGAAAAGCCGAAACCGCGGACGGUGCGACGCUCGAGAGCGCAGAUGUUGAAGUGCAUCGACUUAGAUUACUACGGCAUGCGCGACGAGGAGGACGGGACGCUGGUGAAGCUCGAGGCGGAGGCGGAGGAGAAGUUGCGCGCGAAGAAGAUCGCGGAGUGGGAAGCGAAGCAGAGAGAGAUCGAGGCCAUCACGGGGAAGCGGAAACACGACGGCGACGGCGACGACGGCGUCGCGUUCGGGUCCGAGUUUGUCGCGCACGUGCCUUUACCGGAUAAUAAAGACAUCGAAGCGCUCGUGCUCGCGAAGAAGAAGAAAGACCUCCUCGCGAAGUACGCGAGCGAGGAGUUGCAAGCGGAGGAGGCGGAGGCGAAGAGCAUGCUGAACAAGGCGCCGUGAGUGCGUUCACCCUCGUCGGCGGCGGCGCGGCGUACCGUAGUUCGCUGAUGGGCGGGUUUUCAUUCAAUUCACUUCACGCG